CAGUUUCGAAGUACAAUUGACACGGUGCGGAAGAGUUGGUUUGCAUUUGUGAAACAUGAAGAUAUUAAUUUGUGGAGCGCUGGUCUUCAGUGCCUUACUGGCAUUGGGUAAGGCUUUGCCGGCGGAGGAAAGUGAACCGCAGAUGAUCGAAGAUGGACCUGCUGUGGAUCGAGUUAAGCGACAGGGUCUGUUGGGAGCAUUGCUAGGAGUAGGCCAAGGAGGUCUGGGUGCACCUGGCUAUGGAGGUUACGGAGGAUACGGUGGAUACGGUGGAUACGGAGGACAAAGUGGAUAUGGAGGAUAUGGGGGACACGGAGGACAAGGGGGAUAUGGAGGACAUGGUGGACAUGGAGGACAAGGUGGAUAUGGUGGACAUGGUGGACACGGAGGACAAGGUGGAUAUGGUGGACAUGGCAAUUACGGUGGACAUGGUAAUCAAGGUGGUCACGGUGGACACGGAGGACAAGGUGGAUAUGGUGGACAUGGCAAUUACGGUGGACAUGGUAAUCAAGGUAGUCACGGUGGUCAUGGAGGACAUGGCAAUGGAUACGGACACGGACACGGAGGCCACGGAAGUAAUGGUGGACAUGGACAUCAUGGAGGUUAAACCAAAGAAUCUAAAAUGUAACCUGAUUAGAAAAGUAGUUUUAAUGUAAAUGUAAUAAACGCGUUGAAUGUUGUGCCAAAA